CCCUUGUCACCUGUUUCCCAGCCCUGGGUGGCCAGGCCUCAGCGCUUCAUGACGCGCCAGCCACUCACUGCUUCUCUGGAUGACCGUGGGACUGUUUCCUUCUUCAUCAGGGUGAAGCUGCGUCUCUUCCGGCCCAGGACUCACUGUCACCUGCAGAGAGAGAAGCGCCAAGGGGUCUGCAGAGACGCCAUGACUGCAGCACGGACCGAAAUUCACCCAGACAGCCUACUCUACCAGAGCAUUGCUCAGCCUUUUUGGGCCGAGAUGACCAGAGAAGAAAUGUUCUGGCUCCUCUGUCACCCACAGGCUUGGGAGAAGAUUAUGGAGAAAUCUGAUUUGGAAAGCGACGAGGCCAGCAUGCUGUACCAUAUCCUGCUUGAAGAGCUGAUGCAACGUGAGAGUGAGUCCAUGCCAUUUGAAAAUCUGUCAGAAGAGGAAAAACGGUUUCUCUCCUAUUUCCCCUUGAAGAAGUAUCAGCUGGAAAAGAAUAUCCGAGAACUUAACGCCAUUGCAGACCAAGUUGAUAGGACCCACAAGAAGCUCACCAAGGCCAACCUGGUGGCCAGCUCUUCAGGGGCUGUUUCUGGAGUCAUGAGCAUCCUGGGCUUUGCCCUAGCACCCGUGACAGUAGGGGGGAGUCUCAUACUCUCAGCAGCUGGGGUGGGGUUGGGGGCAGCAGCUGCCGUCACCAAAGCUUUGACAAAUACCUUAGAAAACAGAAGCAAUUCAGCAGCAAGAGACAAAGCCAGCAGACUGGUGACUGCUAGGAUGACGUUGGAGCAUGAGGCUUUCGGAGGAAUAAAGUUGCCUGAAGUUGAGGCUGCUGGACGGUGUGUUGCCAAGUGUACACGCGUCAUCGAGAGUCUGCGUGCCCACCAGAUGGCCAAAGCUAACUCUGGCUUCAUGGCUACGGUCAAGAAUUUUGCGGCCUCACGCAACAUCUCCUUCUGGAAGCCUAGAGAUGUGCAGACAAUCUUUGUAGGCACGACUCUGGCCGUGACCGAGGGUGCCCAGGUGACGGGUGCGGCUGGGGCCGGCCUCUUUCUUAUGCAAGAUGUGAGCAAACUUCUGCAGAACUGGAAGCACCUGGAGCAGGGGGCGAGGGCAGAGACAGCCAAGGAACUGAGGACGCUUGCCAAGGAGCAGGAGCGGGAGCUGAGGCAGCUCACCGAGCGCUACCAGGACCUGCAGCAGAAGGCGAGCGAGACCCCGUCCCAGGAUUGCGAGCAGGGCUGUUAGAGGAGCCGUGUUGCGGGACCACCAGGUCUUGUCCAGAGAGCCAGAGAAAUGGGCAACACUCCUUCCAUCCUGCGGGACUCCCGCCUUGGCUAUAGUCUCCCAAACUUGGUCUCCUUUAAAUUAGACAGCACGAAAAGAAAAACUCAUAUUCCUAUGUAACAUAUGUAACAUUACCUGGCCCCUACCUGCCCCCUCCAGUUGGGGGACAAGGAGGUGUGGCCAGUCAAGGGAAGUCUAAAUUAUAAUGUUAUCCUCCAAUUAUUUGCACGUGACAGAAGAAAUGGUCCAAAGUCCCCUAUGUCCAGGCAUUUAUGACCUUACGGGACAGCCUAGAGGCAUGAGGAGCUGGCACCUUAGCUCACUGCCGUGUAAACCUAGGACCCCUUGAGGCAGUUCCAGCCUCUGCCCCUGAACCUCCACGUCACCCACCAACACAUCCUCGACUACCCAGCCCGAAACCCGCCCUGAACUCCUGCGCUUUGUACAGGAGGCAGCCACGGCCAAGCGGGCACCGCCGGAAUACAUGUUCCCUUUCCCAAGCCAGGCCUUAAAUGGCCAGACAAGACCUGGCUGGUUCUCUGAAGACCCUGGAAAGUUCACCGAGGAGUUUCAGAACCGAACUCUUUCCUUUGAUCUCCCCUGGAGAGACCUUAAUGUGAUUCCGUCCCCUUGCUGCAGCCCAGAGGAGAAAACGCGCACUUGGGCCCAGUCACAAGCUUCCUUAAGUGCUGCCCAGCCUCUCCCAUACCCUGUGGGAGUGACAGCUGUCCCCUUCAGGAUCCCAACUGGACCCACCGACGGGGACAGCAGGGAGCGAGACUCAGAGGCCACAUGCCAUGUGCCUCAAAGAGGGGACGAGAAGGUGCAGCAUCCAGCCUGUACUCUACGACGGGUGAGAGAGGUGACACAGAGCCCUGGUGAAAACCCAGCCCUUUUUGAGGCUGGACUGUUGCUGCCAUCUGCAAAUAUGUUAAUGUGGACCCGGCAACCCCUGGGGGGAGUGUGGCACUGGGGACUAAUUUCAUCAGUCAGCCAGCCCUGGACAUUAGAAGAAAACUCCAGAAAUUGGGGCCCCAGACUGCCCUAGCUCUCUUCCGGACGUUGCUUUUGGUGUAUUCGACAACCGAGAUAAGACGGAGCAGGAGAGGCAGGGGCAGCGUGACCGGAGGCGAGAUCAGAGGCAAGCCAAUGUUUUGGUGGCCAUCACAGAUAGGCCCCAGCCACCUCAGGGCCUCCCAAACCAGCCCAGAGGACCAUCUUCCCAUGAGGGAUGUUUCCACUGUGGUAAGAAGGGCCAUUAGAGCAAGGAAUGCCCCAACCCUCAUCCUCUCCCACCAGGCUGUGUCUGCUAUGUAAAAGGAUGGGGCAUUAAAAGAGGAAAAGGGGCCAGCCCCUUCCCCACUGAUGACUGUGGCCGACCGCCGGGGCCCAAGGAUCCCUGCGGCUCCCACUACCAUUGCUGUCACAGGGGAGGAGCCUCAGGUGACCCGUGACAUGGCAGGAGAGCCCGUGACUUUUCUAAUGACACGGUGGCUACUAAUUCUGUCUUAACCUCUCAUGCCGGGCCUGUCUCUCCAGAGAAAUGCUCAGCUGUUGGGGUGGAUGGAGUCCCUGGAUAUAGGGCUUUCACUCCACCCCUUUCUUGUCAGUGGGGAGACCAUCUAGUCACCCACAAGGUCUUCAUUAUGCUUGAUCGCCCUGCUCCGUUAUGGGGCAGAGAUCUGCUUUUGGCUUUGGGGGCUGCCCUGAGCCUCCCAGAGGACCAGAGCCACUUCUUGACCUCUUUAGGCCACACCACACCUGACUCCAGUCCUGGUACCCCCAGGAGAUCCUAGACCAAGAAGACCCCCAAGUCUGGGAUAAAGGAAUUUCAGGAAAGGUUUACAAGGCAACUCAAAGUCACCUCGAAAAAUCCCUCAUUUUACUCUCGGAAAAAAAAUAUCUUCUAAAGAAAGAAGCACAAAGGGGAUUUAAGCCCUUGAUACAGAAAUUUUUAAUAUAUGGGCUGUUAAUACCUUGCCCGGCCCCCUGCAGUACUUCCAUCUUACCUGUCUUAAAACUUAAUAAGAGUACCGCCUAGUCCAUGACCUAAGGAUCACUGAGGCUGUUGUGCCCAUUAGUCCUGUAGUUCUAUAUUCUAUUUUAAUUCAAGUUCCAGGAGAAUCUAAUUGGUUUACUGUCCUGGACCUGAAAGAUGCCUUCUUUUGCAUCCAUCUACAUCCAGACUCCCAAUUUUUGUUUGCUUUCAAGUGGACACAUCCAGAUACUGGAUCCUCAUAGGAGUAAAGCUGGACAAUUCUCUCCAAGGCCUUUAAAGAUGGUCCUCCCCUCUUUGGAAAUGCCCUGGAUAAGGAAUCAAGAGAGCUGUUGCUUCCACAAGGAGCUAUUCUUGACUAUGUAGAUGAGAUUCUUAUCUGCAGCCCCACCAAGAAUCAUCUGAUGACAACACUGCCCAGGUUCCUAACUUUUGGGGCAACAGAGGAUAUAGGUCUCUAAAGCAAAAGCCCUAAUGUUCUUACAACAGGUUGAGUACCUGGGAUACAUUUUAACCCCAGGACAGUGUUUUCCCUGUCCCCAAAAAUAAAAGAGUCCAUUUUAUAACUUGGCUCUCCAUAAACCUGAAAACAACUUAGGACAUUUUUGGGAAUGGCUGGAUUUUGCAGAAUUUAGAUUCCUGGCUUUAGUGUCAUGGCAAAACCCCUAUAUGAAACUUUAAAGGGAUUUGACACCAAGCCUUUAAAUUGGGGAACAGAACAACAGAAGGCCUUAAAAUGUCUCUAACAUCUGCCCCUUGGGAAUCCCUGACCUAAAUAAGCUUUUCAUUCUCUUUACCCCAGAAAGACAGGGGAUCACUCUGAGUGUGCUCAUCCGACCUCUGGGACCUUUGACACAUAGCCUACUUCUCUAAGCACUGGACUCAGUGCCAUGGGAUGGCCUGGAUGCUUGAGAACAGUGGUGUCCGUGGCUGUAUUGGUCAAAGAGGCUACUAAAUUAACCUUGAGGAUGUCACUAGAGGUUAAAACUCCCCACCGGGUGCAAGGGGUCAUAGAAACAAAAGGUCACCAUUGGCUAACAGGAGGAUGCCUUACCAAAUACCAGGCCUUCCUGCUGGACUCCCCAGAAAUCAGUCUCAAGGUGUGCCAAACUUUAAAUCUGGUCACUCUGAUGCCCAUGGGACCCCUCACCAACUUUAUACAUUCCUAUAUAAAAACUACAGAAAAGUAUAUUCUAGCAGACCAGACUUAAAAGACACCCCUUUGGACAACUUGGAUGAAGAAUAGUAUACAGAUGGCAGUAGCUUCAUGCUAGAUGGCAUCUGGAAGGCAGGAUAUGCUACAGGCAGCCUUAAUGGUGUUGUGGAAACGGGACCUCCAUCCUGCAAUACUUCUGCCCAAAAGGCCAAACUGAUUGCUCUCAUAAGAGCCUUAAAGUUGGAAAAGAAAAAAAAAAAGAAAAAGAAGAAUUAACAUUUACACAGACUCCAAAUACGCCUUCCUCAUCCUUCAUGCCCAUGCUGUUAUCUCGAAAAAGUGGGGAUUACUAACAACAAACAAUUCCCCCAUUAAACAUCUUUUGAAAUCCCGAGUAGCUGUAGGGCACUGCAGAGGCGGUACGGGAAAGUCAGACCCAGCAUCUGAUACAAGCAACAAACUUGGAACAAACCAUCCUCCUGGGGCACCUGCAUUUAGGCAAAUGCUGUGGGCCUGGCUAGGACCCUUUAUAGUCCUCAUUAUUAUCAGUUUUUGUUCUCUUUUCUCUCCUUGUAUUAUUAAACCUUUAAAAUCUCUUGUCCCUCAGGUUGUCCAGACCACCAUACCACACAUACCCAUACAAGGGUACUGUGGAAGAGGGAUUGUCCACCUGUCCCUCUUCAAAGAGAUAAAGGGAAUACCAAAAUCCUCUUGAUUGGGCAGCUUGUUCCUUCUACCAACAGCCACCUGACUGCCCUGCAGUCCCCGAAGAUCCCUCUCACCAUAGUAAGGUGCCUUAAAGCCCAUGCCCUGACACCCGGCCCCACUAACAGAUAGGGAACAAGACAUAAGAGACUUUGGUGCCCACCAGCAGGGUCAGCACCCCUUACCAGACAGAAGCAGCUUCAGAAGACAGAUCUUCUUUCCUCGGCCUCCCUUGUAAGAUUCCAAGGCCCCAAAGCUCUCAAGUGGGGAAAUGUUAGCACAGGAGAAGGGCUGAGAUCAGAUGCAGGGGCGUGCAGAGUGGGUGCAGGUGUUAACGUCUAAGGGGGGGGUGUCGAUAACCACAGCCAAGGACCAGCUUCCACUAGCUUUUCAGCUAUCUAGGUGACCUUGCAUGAACUCUGGCUAAUUAUAGUAUCAUUUGCAUUGUGAUUUUAAAAUUUCUCUACCCUUAAAAUUGCCAUGACGGUUCUCAAGCAACCAUAUAAAGUAUGAAAAUGGCAGGGAACCCAAUUCUAGGAAUUACUACCCAAAUUUUUAGUAAGAGCCAACCGCUUAGCUUUGACUAUUUCUCCCCUCAAACUAGUAAGACUCCGUAAGACAAGGAUCCCUUUUGGUGCAGCCACACUUUUUGAGCCUGCUAGCUCCCUCUCUCUUAAGAGUGUACUUUCGCUUUCGAUCUUUCAAUAAAAGCUGCUUGCUUUGGCUUACGUGGUAUGUCCAGAAAUUCUUUUCUUCUGACAAUCACCAAGAACCUCAAAGAACCUCCACUUGGAGGAUGGGAACAGCAGUGCUUGGCACCUAGCAGGUGUGCUAGAAAUAGGUGCUGAAUGGCAUGAGUGUGGGAUUACACGAUAAAGAUGGCACUUCAAAGGAGUUGGGAAAGGAUUUUUAUUUGAAAAAUAGCUUACAUCUCUAGACUCUCCUAUUGAGUAAUUAAAUAUCUAGAUGUAAAAAUUGAAACAAGGAAACUACUACCAGAAAAUAAGGCAAAACACAGUUUUCAAAUAAGAAAACUCGGGGUAGAGAAACUUCUAGCUGCAAUGGUGAAGCCGGCAGCAAUAAUGGUAGAAGGGAGACCUGCCACAGGGACUCCAGAAACACCUGGGGUGGAAGAGAAAUUUGCAAGAGACCAGAUUUUCUGUGUGUACAGGUGGGGUUGGAGACCAAGAAGACCUAAAUAUUCACGUUAAGUAAAACUGAAGCUGAGACACAUUCAGGACUCAUGUAUUUUCCAAAUUGUAUAUAGCUACAUAGUACAGUUAUAAUUAAAAUGACAAACAUUUUUAUUUUAAAAUAAACUAUCCUCUGCCACUCCUUUCCAUCCCCUUCUGCCAUUGCCUACGACUCUACCGUCACGCCUGUGCGCCAAGAGUCUGCUGCUCGAGCUAAGAUUCAACCUGCAUCCCCCAGGGCCCCACGAUGAACAGGGAGUGAUCUGAGAAAAGCUGUUACUGAAAGAAAAUUGGGGACAGGCGUGGUGUCUCACGCCUGAAAUCCUAGCACUCUGGGAGGCCCAGGCGGGAGGAUCACUCAAGGUCA